AAGUUUAUUAGGGGUAAAGUGCACGUAAUGUAAUUCACAGUAGCUACUCCGCGCGAGUGUAGAAUUUAAUCUACUCUAUUCUCUUGUAGCCUAUAUGACCUGUUUUAGUUGAUCAUGUCAACAAGUGUGCUUAAAAAUGCAUUUAGGACCAGCAAAGGGUGCAGCAUCACAUCUCUCUACAGGAUGUCCUGCGUAAAGCCUCAAACGAUUGCUGCUGCUCAGAAAACAUACGUCACAAAAGUAAAUGGGUUGCCAAACAUCACCCCCUUGGUAAGUUCGGUAGAGGAGACACCUGAGCCCAUCCCCACCACAGUUAAAGGCACCAUCCCAACCUGGAUCCAUGGGAGUCUGCUGCGGAAUGGUCCAGGAAAGUUUGAGUUUGGGAAUCAGCACUAUAACCACUGGUUUGAUGGCAUGGCCUUGAUGCAUCGCUUUCAGAUUGAGGAUGGUCAGGUGACAUACAGAAGCCGUUUUUUGCGCAGCGACUCAUAUAAGCAGAACAGCGAGAGGAACCGCAUCAUGGUGUCAGAGUUUGGAACUUUGGCUCUACCUGAUCCCUGCAAGAACUUCUUUCAGCGCUUCCUAUCCAGAUUUGAGAUGAUAAAGCCAACAGAUAAUGCCAGUGUCAACUUUGUUAAAUACAAGGGUGACUAUUACGUCAGCACAGAGACAAACUACAUGCACAGAGUGGAUCCAGAUACUUUGGAGUCAAAACAGAAGGUGGACUGGAGCAAGUUCGUCGCUGUGAACGGUGCUACUGCUCAUCCACACUUUGAUCCAGACGGCACAGCUUACAACAUGGGCAACUCAUACAGAAACAAAGGGGCUUUCUAUAACAUCGUCAGGGUGCCACCAGAAAGAGACAGCCCAGAAGAUACACUAGAGGGAGCCAAGAUAUUAUGCUCUAUCGCCCCUCGUGACAAAUCCAAACCCUCCUAUUACCACAGCUUUGGCAUGUCAGAGAACUAUGUAGUGUUCAUCGAGCAGCCCAUUAAGAUGGAUCUGUUUAAGAUAGUGACUGCUAGACUAAGGGGGAAAUCGCUAAAUGAGGGUAUUUACUGGGACUCCAACCAGGAAACCAUAUUCCACCUUAUUGACAAACAAACUGGAAAGGAGAUGCCAGUGAAAUACCAUGCCAAGGCCUUGUCCACCUUCCAUCAGAUCAAUGCUUUUGAGCAGGAUGGAUUCCUCAUGCUAGACAUAUGCUGCUCUGAUGACGGAGAGGCCAUAAACAACUUCCUCGUUCAGAACCUGCGUCAAUCAGGAGAGGCUUUGGAUGAGAUGUAUAAUACCAUGAGCAGGCCAUUUCCCCGUCGUUUUGUGCUGCCUCUCAACAUCACCAGUGAAACCCCACUGGAACAGAACCUCAACACACGGCCUGACAGCACUGCUACAGCUCUCUGCCGUACCAAAAAUCAGGUAUUUUGCACGUUUGAGGAUCUCCAUGGCGAAGACCUGAAAGACUACGGUGGCUUGGAGUUUCCACAUAUUAACUAUGCCAGAUAUAACACCAAACCUUAUAGAUACUACUAUGGUUGUGGCUUCCGACACCUAGUGGGUGACUCCCUAAUUAAGAUGGAUCUGGAAAGCAAAAAGUUCAAGGUAUGGCGCCAGCCUGAUCUCUAUCCAUCAGAGCCUGUCUUCAUUCCUUCACCCAAUGCUGAGGAAGAGGACGAUGGAGUCAUCCUGUCUGUGAUUAUCACACCAGCUAAGGAUAAGAGUACAUUUCUUUUAGUCCUAGAUGCCAAAACAUUUGAGGAACUGGGAAGAGCCGAAGUGCCUGUCAACAUUCCUUAUGGAUUCCACGGAGUCUUCAAAUCUAGUGCAUGAAGCUCUUUGGAUCACUCCAACAAAAUAACAAAUGACAAGUAGCUCUUCAAAAUGGUUAACACACCAGUUGCUGGCUACUAUUGAAAGCAAGAGACUAACAGAACAAUAUAUCUAAGAAAUCAGCCCAAAGAGAUCCUCUACAUAUCAACCUCAUAUAUAUAUAUAUAUAUAUAUAUAUAUAUAUAUAUAUAUAUAUAUAUAUAUAUUUUUAGAAAAGAAAGAAAUAUACUUUAUAGUUACAUUUAAUUUUCUGCAAGAAAUUAUACCUUAGCUAACAUACAAAAAAUACAGUAGAGUUCAAUUUAGAAUGAACAGCUUAACAAUUUACAUUUUUCUACAACUCUUAAAAUGAAAGAGUCUGAUGUACUGUGGCUUUGUUUCAAAAUUUUUGAUACAGGGUUCAACACAUUUACAUAUUACUGAUGCCAAUUCGGUGUUCAUCAACUUGGCCCACCCAGUCACACAGGGAUAUAAUUGAGGAGGAAGUAUAAUGGAUACUAUAAUUUCUAAACAGCAGCAGAAAAUGCCAUUGUUUGUAUUUAACAAUAAGAAUAAUAAGAUGGGGAGAUCUGCAAACAUUGUGUUGUUUCUGUAGACCUGUCAGAAUGUAAUGUAGGAUUUGCAAAGCGGCUUUUUUUUUAUGGGAAGAAAAACAGCUUAUUGAAUUCUGUGGGUCAGAAAGAGGAUGGAAAUCGUAAUGUAACACUAAAUUAUGGGUUUUGGUGCUAAACAUUAUGGUGAACCACAGGGGAAAAUGCUUUUUAAAAAUUAUGAUAUGACCUCUUUACAAUGAGCAACGUGAUAGUGUUGAAAGCACGUAUGUGAUUUCUCUAUACAUAUUCAGUCUUUAUUAUUUUCUUUUCUUCUGUUUUUAUCUUUUACAUUGUUGACUGCAUGUUUAUAUCAUAACAUGAAACGUUUGCAGUGUUUGCAAUUUAUGCUAUUUGCUCAGUAUAGUAUCAGUUAUACAAGGCUUGUUUCUUUUACUCUAAAAACAAAUGUGAACAUAACACUAGAUGUGAAUGUGAUCAUGGUUAAUAUGGUUAAUAUUUUCCAUUAGGAUUUUCAGGCCUACUUCCUUAAAUGAGAAAACAAGUUGAUUACAUUGAAUGUUUAAAAAAACAACAACAACAAAACCAACAGAUGUGCCAUAAUAAGAAUAAUUAAUGUUGAUAGUUAAAUAACAAAAAUAAUCACUAUACAGCAUUUGUCAUAUUGUACUAAUUUUCUACCUCUUUGUGAAGUAACUUUUCAAAGAGCUGCUUCUCUAGUGCAUUAUCCCUUUUAAUGUUUACAUUUAUAAUACAGUUCUACAUAUGCUUCAUUGUGUUACUUUUUUUUAAAUAAAUUUCUAAUUGUAUAUUGAUAAUCACAGUGACUGUGAUAAAUAUUUGUACACACAAUACUUGUAUGCUAUCUGCUACAUGGCUCAAUUCAUACAGUCCACUUUUAUAAAAAAACAUUUGUAAUGUUUAAAGGCAAAA